UCAUCAUUAUUGACAUCAUCUAACAGUUUCAUUCCACCACCACCACCAAUGCCAGGAAGUUACAUUCCACCACCUCCUCCUAUGCCAGGAAGCUGCAUUCCUCCACCUCCUCCUAUGCCAGGAAGUAGCAUUCCACCACCUCCUCCUAUGCCAGGAAGCGGCAUUCCUCCACCACCCCCUAUGCCGGGAAGUGGCAUUCCACCACCUCCUCCUAUGCCGGGAAGCGGCAUUCCUCCACCACCUCCUAUGCCAGGAAGCGGCAUUCCUCCACCACCCCCUAUGCCAGGGAGCGGCAUGCCACCCCCACCUCCACCGAUGCCAGGCAUUGGUAUGCCACCUCCACCGCCUCCUUUUCCAUUUGGAAUGCUACCACCGGCUCCUCAACCACAUAUCGUCCGUAAGCCACCUAUUGUACCGAAAAAGCCAAUGAGGCCUUUAUAUUGGACAAGAAUUCAGAUCUAUACACCAGCUUCCGCCGAAAAGGACGGCGAGUGCCUUUGGGACAAUCUAGAAGAAACAAAACUUGAAAAUUGGGAAGAUUUUGAAGAGCUUUUUUCUAAGCAGGUUUCCAAAAAGAAAAGUCCAUGUGAAGAGAAAAAAACCACUCAAUCAAAAGCCAAAGAAGUUGCCAAAUUAUUGGAUCAAAAACGUUCACAAAAUGUUGGAAUUCUCAUAUCAAGUCGCCAUUUGGAUAUAAAUGAAAUACAAAGUGCUUUGUAUAAUUUUGACACCUCUGUUAUGGAUAUCCAUACACUUCAAUCCGUCUAUGAUACACGUCCAACACCCGAAGAAUUGCAGCUCAUAUCGUCUCAUCGUAAAGCCUCACCCGAUGUGCCUAUGGAUAAGCCUGAACA